GCGUGUGUUUCAUAGCUACAUAGAACGGGUUUUUUUCUCCCUUAAACCCUAAUCGGGGUUUUAGCCUGUUACUGACGGCCCCUGUAAAAUCUUCAAAUUCUAAUUUCUGGACGUUGCCUCCUGUCUUAAAACCAAAACCCAAAAAGUAACAAAUUCAGGACUAAGCAGAGGGAUAUUGUGAUAUUUUCAGGAAAUGGGAAAACUUGGGAAGAAAGCGAGGAAAUUUGCUAAGAAGAAUCUUCAGUCUGUGCUGAAAAGAAAGAGGAAGCUCAAAUCUAUGUUCAAAAAGAAAGUUGCUAAGAAGGAUGAGCUGCGUGAAGCUGAAGACCCAGAAGGAGACAAAACACAGCUGCAUGAUGGAAGAGACCUUGAAAUUGAAGAUAUUAAAGAAAUUUCCCUUGAUGCCAUAUUUAGUGAAGAUGACUUUGAUUCAGUUGGAGAUGAUUUAGACAGUGAUGGAUAUCUAUCAGAGGAGGGAAGUUGUGCAGAUAUGGGUGAAACUGAAAGUGCGAGUUAUCUAGAAGACAACAAUAGCGAAGGAGCUUUAUCAGUUCAGAACAGAGAAAUCCAUAUAGAACUUGAGAAGAAAAUUAAAAAAUUGGAUAGGUUGAAAGAAAAGGAUCCAGAGUUUUCUAAUUUUUUGGAUAGCAACAAGAACCGUCUCAAGGUAUCCAUGGAUGAAGAAAAUGAAAUUUCUGAUGAAGAUGAGUCUAGUGAUGAUGGUAGAGAGCUAGUGAAUGAAAAUGGCACAGCAACAGAAAUGAGCAUGCUGUUGUAUACCUCUGCAGUUGAUUCAUUGCGUCACUUAGUUACAGAGCAGCAAAAUGUGUCUGCCUUUACAAGGCUAUUAAAUGGGUACAGGGCUGCAUGCCACUAUGGAACUGAAUCAUCUAAUGUUCUUAAAGAUGACCUAACUUUUAGCAAGAUUUUGAUGUUUGUGCUUCAUGAGGCUGAUAAUAUAUUCCGUAAACUGCUGGGAAUACAAUGCUCAAAUGAAAGGAAAGAUGUGAUUUUGGAACUCAAGGAUACUGCAAAAUGGAAGAAACUAAAGCCACUGAUAAAGUCUUAUCUGAGGAGUACCCUGUUUUUCCUGAAUGAGGUGUCUGACUCUGAGAUAUUGGCCUUCACAUUAACCCGACUCAAAGCUUCAAUAAUAUUUUUUGCUGCUUUCCCUCAUUUACUGCAAAGACUCAUCAAGACAUCCAUUCAUUUGUGGGCAACAGGUGAAGGAACUCUGUCACUGCACUCUUUUCUCAUAAUUCGAGAGGUGGCUGCUGUAUUUAACUCAGAUUGCUUUGACAUUUGCUUGGUUAAAGCAUACAAGGCUUUUAUUAGUCGCUGCAAGUUUGUGGAGCCAGUUAUAUUUAAGCGCAUACUAUUUUUGAAGAAUUCUUUUGUUGAGCUAUGCUCUCUAGAUGUACAGAAAUCAUCUAAUAAGGCAACAGUUUCUAUCCAACAGCUUGCUAAGAUAUUGCAGCUGGGCCUACGGACUAAGAAGAAGGAAGCAGUUAAGAAGAUAUGCAGUUGGCAGUAUGCCAACUGCAUUGAACUCUGGAUUGCAUUUAUAUCAGUGAACAUACAUGAUUAUGAUCUUCAACCAUUGCUUUAUAUGAUCAUUCAGAUCAUAAAUGGAGUAGCUGUACUGUUCCCAGGACCAAGAUACUUGCCUUUAAGAGUUAAAUGUGUUCAAUGGCUGAAUCAUCUAUCCAGUUCUAGUGGUGUUUUUAUCCCUGUGGCAUCAUUGGCAUUGGAUGUUUUAGAAUAUAAAAUUGGCAAGGGGGGUAGCAAGCCAGGGAAGGACUUCAACUUUUCAUCUGCCAUAAAGUUGCCAAAACAUUGGCUAAAAUCUGGAAACUUCCAAGAGGAAUGUGUUUUUUCUGCCAUUGAACUGCUGGCAGUACACUUCGCUCAGUGGAGCUAUCAUAUAUCCUUUCCUGAACUGGCAACUAUUCCAGUUAUUUGUUUGAGGAAAUUCCAUGAGAUGACUACCACAGAGAGUUCCCAGCGCUUGGUAAAGCGUUUUAUUGAUCAGGUGGAGCAGAACAUUGAGUUUGUGCGGAAGAGGAGAGAUGAAGUUGCUUUUUCACCAAGAGAUCAGCAAUCUGUUGAAUCAUUUCUGCAGCUUGAAAAGGGCAGUGGCAAUGUUCCAUUUACACAAUAUUACAGAAGUGUCAUAGAAAAGUCUGCUUCUAGGAAUCUGCUUACUAAAAAAAAUACAAGUUACUUGGAGCUGAAGAAAUCAAAAAGAAAGAGGCAACACUCAAACAAUAAUGUAGAUGUGACUGUGAAUGGGGAAGUGGAUUAUGAUUAAGUGGAAGUAUAUUUAUGAGAUGGAAACUGGGAAGAAUGGGAGGAAAUUACAGAGUAAUGCUUUCCUGCCACCCUAUUUGAUACUUUGAAAGAUUUAGAGAAUCCUCUGCUUUUUCGUCUUUGGCAGGAAAGUGGGUGGGUGGUAAUUUAUAGUUUCUUCAAGCAAAUAUACCCAUAGGCUUCAUGAAAUUCUGGUCCUGAAUCAGAGAUUCAAUGAGCAUUGUUGUUUAGAUGUGUAGGGCUCUAGGUGGAACCUCUAUUUGCCAUGCUGUAGGGCUGAAAUCAAAGUUUUGGUUUAUUAAUAUUGAUGGUCUAAUUAUUUGUUGAGUACUGA